CUGCAUGGAAAGGGACUGCCAGCAUCUGCCUCCACUGCUCUGUGCUGGGAUCAUGGAACUUGCACUGCUGUGUGGGCUGGUGGUGAUGGCUGGUGUGAUUCCAAUCCAGGGCGGGAUCCUGAACCUGAACAAGAUGGUCAAGCAAGUGACUGGGAAAAUGCCCAUCCUCUUCUACUGGCCCUACGGCUGUCACUGCGGACUAGGUGGCAGAGGCCAACCCAAAGAUGCCACGGACUGGUGCUGCCAGACCCAUGACUGCUGCUAUGACCACCUGAAGACCCAGGGGUGCGGCAUCUACAAGGACUAUUACAGAUACAACUUUUCCCAGGGGAACAUCCACUGCUCUGACAAGGGAAGCUGGUGUGAGCAGCAGCUGUGUGCCUGUGACAAGGAGGUGGCCUUCUGCCUGAAGCGCAACCUGGACACCUACCAGAAGCGACUGCGUUUCUACUGGCGGCCCCACUGCCGGGGGCAGACCCCUGGGUGCUAGAAGCCCACACCCUCUACCCUGUUCCUCAGCAUGGAGCUCUGGCAUCCCCACCUCAGUAUCUAACCUGAACCAGCCUGGCUUUUCAAACACUCCGGGGGGAGGUAGUCCCAGCCUCCCCCGGAACCCUCUACCAAUGCCUUCUGACCUUCUGAAGCUUUCCGAAUCCUCCCAGUUGAGGCAGCAGCUGUGUCCUCUGAGGGUGGAUGGGAAUCUUGGGAGAAGCCCAAGCAAGGGAGCCCUCAGAGGUGGUGUUUGGACCAAAGCAUCGGGGUGGGGGAGGGGUCUGCCGCUGUCCCCCACCUGCUGGCCCCCUUGUCCUUCCUCACCCCCUCCAAUAUAGUCUCGGAGCUACAACCGCAGCAGCCACUAUAAAGGGCAACAUUGAUCUUUCUGUCCAUGUGGUUCUAUCUUUUAAAACCUCAAGGCCCUCCACUGUCCUAAGAUAAAGCCUCUCAUAGGCGUUGGGGACCCCGCACAGUCUGGCCAUGUGACCCUCUCCCCAGGCAAGCUCUGAAGUCCCUGCAGGUGGAGGCCAUGCCUGUCUUAAACUCAGUUGCAUCCCUGGUGCCCAAAGCAACACCAGAACCAAGAAGGAGCUCCAUAAAUCCUUCUUGGGUGAAGCCUAGACAAAGCCGCCAGGUCUUGUGGCUCCAGGCACCAGAGCCUUGAGUACUUUCUCCUGCCUCCAGGCAUUGGCUCAGGGUGAAUUACAAGGGGCUACUGAAUGGCUAUUACUUUCAUCACGACUGAUCCCCACCUCCUCAGGGUCAAAGGGCUACUUUCUGGAAGUCUCCCCAGGCUGACUCCUUCUCCCUGACUGCAAGGGCUCACUCCCUCCUCCAAGCUCCCACAAUGCUUCAUGGCUCUGCCGCUUACCUAGCUUGGCCUAGAGUGGCAAAUGGAACUUCUCUGAUCUCCUCCAACUAGACUGGAGCCCCUGAAGGAUGGAGACCAUGUCUGUGCCAUCUCUGUUUCCCCUGUUUUCCCAGUUUUCCCACAUACUAGGUGCUCAAUUCAUGCCUGUGAAUGGCGUGAGCCCAUAAUGGAUACACAGAGGUUGCAGCAGAUGGUGUGGGUACCUCACCCAGAUAUCUUCCAGGCCCAAGGCCCCUCUCCCUGAGUGAGGCCAGGUGUUGGCAGCCAACUGCUCCAAUCUGCCUCCUUCCCCUAAAUACUGCCCUGGUCUACUGGGAGCUGCCUUCCCCCUGCCCCACCUCUCCCACCAAGAGGCCACCUGUCACUCAUGGCCAGGAGAGUGACACCCUGGAGGGUACAAUUGCCAGCUCCCCCGUGUCUGUGCAGGAUUGUCUGGGUUGAACGACAUUCUCAAAUUGUUCCUGGGAUCGGGCUGAGGCCAGGCCUCUUCUGGAACCACCUCUCUGCUUGGUCUGACCCCUUGGCCUAUCCAGUUUUCCUGGUUCCCUCACAGGUUUCUCCAGAAAGUACUCCCUCAGUAAAGCAUUUGCACAAGAAUCCUUGUCUCAGGCUCUGCUUCUAAGGAAAGAGACUGAAGAGGGACAACUUUUUCCUAUGAGGACUCCCAAUCUGCCAUUUGUGUGUGGCUAGCUGUUUCCAGCCAGGGGGCUGAGGCGCCUGCAGUCACCCACACUCUGGGCCUGUGGCACCAUCUGUGCCUCAGCUGCCUGAGCAGUUCUGAGAUGUGGUGACUCAUGUGAGGUGGUGUCAUAGGAAUGAAGGACUGUGGGCGCUGGGUUCAAAUUCCAGUUCUAUGCACCACUCCAGGUGGGGAUACCCAUGGGGGCAGCUGUGCCUGUGUGGGGGAACAGGGUAGGGAAAUCUCCAUACCUUCUCAAUUUUGCUGUGAACCUAAAACUGCCAUAUAAAGAUAAAGUCUAGGCCAGGCAUGGUGGCUCAUGCCUGUAAUCCCAACACUUCGGGUGGCUGAGGCAGGCAGAUCACCUGAGGUCAGGAGUUCAAGACCAGCCUGCCCAACGUGGCAAAACCUCGUCUCUACUAAAAAUACAAAAAUUAGCCAGGCAUCGUGGUGGGUGCCUGUAAUCCCAGCUAUUCAGGAGGCUGAGGCAGGAGAAUCACUUGGACCUGGGAGGCAGAGGUUUCAGUGAGCCCAGAUCGCCACACUGCACUCCAGCCUGGGCAACAGAGUGACACUCUGUCUCAAAAAAUAAAAUAAAAUAAAAUAA